UCUUCAUUUCAUCUCUCUGGGCUCAGCCAAAUCCCUUCCUAUCUGCUGGAGAAACAAAAACAAAAACAAAAACAGAGGUUUUUUUCAUCAGAAACUUCUGUGUGAAGAAGCAAAGUAAAGAAAUGGAAAAAGCUUUGACCAAAGUUGGUAGCUUCUGGAUUUCCAAGAAAGCCAAGGAAGAACUCUAUGCCGUCUCAAACACCGUUGAAGAGAAGGCCAAAUGGAUACUCAAUAAGCUCAAAGGUAAACAUGUAAAGCCUUUGGCGGAUGUCCUCCGAGAACACAACCUUCCGCCGGGACUUUUUCCGAGAAACAUAACAUGUUACGAGAUGGACGAAUCGAAAUCAAAGCUGAGCGUGUAUAUGCCGGCGGCAUGCGAAGUGAGGUUCAAGGACGGAUCGGCGGUGAGAUACGGAAGGCGGGUGAAAGGCACGUUAUCGAAGGGGAAGUUGAGCGGGAUGGAAGGGAUGAAAACGAAGGUGGUGGUGUGGGUUAAAGUGACGGAAGUGUGCGUGGAGAGUUGUAAAUCUGAUAAAGUAUGGUUCAUGGCUUCGGGAGUGAAGAAAUCAAGGCCUAGAGAUGCUUAUGAAUUGCCUCAUGAUUCGGUUAGAGUUGAAGAAAUUUGAACCAACUGAAGACCAUAUUUGUUUCACCAAAAUAUAGUUUGUUAUGUUAAGCAAAUUGAUGUUUUAAUAAAUAAGUGGCAAAUAGCAAAA